AUGAGCCCGGAAUUGGCGUCAGGUGGGGGUAUAGGGAAGGGGAGGGGAAGAGCGGGAAUGAGCCCGGAGAGCCAACCGCAGGUGCAACAAGAGCAGCAGCAGAAGGAACAGCAGCAGCAGCAGCAGAGGCAGCGAACAGACAAGAAGAGGAGGGCUCGGCUGAAGAUGCGAGCUGAGGCCCCAGUGGACUUUGACGACCGCGGAGAGGAGGUGUACGAGCGGUUUGAAGGCGUGCUGGCCGCUGCUGUGCGCGGUGUGGUGGGCUACAGGGAAUCCCUAAGGCAGUUGGAGCAGUGCUGCAGGGAGCUGGCAGUGGGGUUGAGGGCGGAUGCAGGGGAGAGCGUGCAGCCCGCCCAGGAGCACGUGCUCAGCAGGAAGAGCCAGGCGCUCCAAUCAGAGGCUGCCACGUGGGCGCUCAUGCACCACCUGUUUGGAUACGACACAGACCAUCUCACGGAAGACGUGCGUCUGCACCCGUCACCGUCAGCACAGGACACAUGCGACUUCCUGUCGACCAAUGAGAACGCGCAGCACAGCUGGCGGGUGCUGAGGUGGCUGGAGGGGCUGGCAGAAUCAGACCUCAUGCUGCUGCAGGCGGAGCGUGGGACCUGCCUGGGAAGCUACACAGAAGCGUCUGGCCUGCGUGUGCACACCCAGAGGGCGAUCCGGGAGGGGCAGGGGGGGCUGGGCGGCAGGAGGAGCAACACUCUGGCGUUUGGUGGGCUGGAGGGGGGGUACGGGCGGGGAGGAGGAAGGGGAGAGGAGAUGGUGACAGCUGUGGAUGCUGAUGCUGUUACUCGCGAGGGGGGGCGACUGCAUGCAGAGGAUGAGCGAGUGGAGGAGGAGUUGCUGUCAGACGUCUUCACGCUCAUCACUGCCGGCCGGAUCCACGACGCCCUCAACCUCUGCCGGGCGGCGGGGCAGACCUGGCGGGCGGCGGUUCUCGGCGGGACAUGGGCCGCGCCGCCCAGCGCCGGGGCGGCAGGGGAGAGCUUCCCCACAGCCGCCACAUGGCAGGAGAUGAGUGGAGGGGCGAGGCGGGCGGCACAGGCGGGGGAGGUGGAGGGGGGGAAGGGGCGGGGUAGGCGGCUGUGGAAGUGGUCUCUACUGGUGGCCUCUGAGGCUUCGAGCAGUCGGUUUGAGGCGGCUGUGCUGGGAGCGCUGUGUGGCAAUGUGAAGAGGAUACUGCCUGCCUGCACGUCAUGGCAGACGGCCUGCUGGGCAUUGCUGCGCUGCUGGCUCGACUUCCAGGUCGAAGCUCACCUCUCCGCCUCCUCUUCUCCGCCCCUCCCUCGCGCCCUCCCAUCCGUCUCCGCCGCUGCCACCCGUGCUCUCGCCUCCAUCUCCCCCGCUCCCUUCCUCUCCUCCUCCUCCGCCUCCGCUCUCGCCGCUACAACCAUCUCCCUUGCACCAUCUUCCUCCUCCUCAUCAGCAGCAGGAUUGGCAGCGUCAGCAGCAGCGGCGGUGUCAACAGCAGCGGGAGCGGCAGUGUGGCCGGCACCAGUGGCGGCACAGCAACCAGCGGAUUUUGACGAUCUCUUUCAGAAGCUCAGAACCAGCCCCUCUCUCCCCGACGCCGUCAAGCGCAGCAGCACCGAGCCUCACCACGUGCUGCAGACGCACCUCAUUCUCAGGAACGUUCCAGGAACCAUCCAGGCGCUGCGGUCGUGGAUCAUCCCCUCUGUAGCUCCCUCGGGAUUGGCUUCUUCUCUGGGCGGCACGUUGGACAGCGACUCUGACCCUGCUUUGGUGCGUUGUGGGGCGCACCUGGUGGUGCUGCUGCGCUCCGUGCUGCCACCCGCUGCUCGCCAGCAGUACCGGGACUGGAUCAACACGUCAGGAGACGUUAUCCUGUACACCUACUGUGUGCUACUAGCAGCGCAGCGCAGGGACCAUCUCACGCCGCUCUAUGCCUCGCUACUGCUCACGCCCUCCCUCGCCUCUGACUUCUUCCUUCAACUCUUCGAACAGCGCAAGACAGACAGUGUGGAGGCAAAGAGGCGGACAGUGGAGGCGCUGUGUCUGCACCUCCCUCUCUCCGGCCCUGACUCGGUCCCCACCAUGCUGCACAGGUUUCUCUCCAAGUGCUCCCAUUGGUCAGACCCGGGGGUCCUGCCGGCCUCUGAUUGGCCGAGAGCAGUGCUGGCGGAUCUGAGGGGACAGGUGGCGGCGUUUGAGUGGGCAGUGACGGACCCCACUGCGCCAGCGACAGUGGGCAGUGCGGAGUGGGGCAGGGAGAGGAGGAAGAUGCAGCGACUAGCCCUGCAGCACGGGAAUCUUCUGCUGCGCGCCAUGCUCCUGGCGGCACACGCGGAGGGCGGCAGCAGCAGCGGCAGUCCGUCCAGCCAAUCAGGGCGCUCCGUUGCCGCCCUGCUGGCAGAUACAGUCGCCGGCAUUCACACAGAGAGGGAGGCGAGGCGAGGCCAGCAGGGGGAGGAGCGAGAGGAGCGAGAGGAAGAGGGGGAUGAGGAGGAAGGGGAGAGUGUGGAGCUCAGCGAGUUUGACUUCUGGGUGGAUUACAUCGCUGCUGAUGUGGCGUACCGUGGUUGGGCCACGGCAGCAGCAGCAGCGACAGAGCGAAGGGAAGAGCAGCAGGGAGGCGGGCAGAUGGGGGGGGCGGGGCAGGAGGAGGGGGAGGCGGAGAGGGAGAAGGAGCGAGCAGACCUCUUAUCUCUGGCUAGUCGGGCUGUCUCUAUUGGCAUGCAGCUACUGCAGAGGGAAGCCUCAUCAACCAUGCGACUUCAAGUCACCCCACAACAACAACGCAACCACCAGCAGCAGCAGGGCAGAGAGCACGUGGUGCUGGCGUGUGUGGCGGUGCUGGCCCCCUCAGGGGCUCUCGUGCCAGGCGAUGCCUCCCUCUGUGCCGCCAUGCACUCAGCGCUCAUGGCAUGUGUGGGGGAUGAGGAGGCAGAGGCACGGCAAGUCAGAGUGGACGUGGCAGUUCAUCCCUCCGACUCGCGCCUCCUCACGCUUGCCAUUCGCUGCCUGGGUACUGGAGGGCAAGUGGGAGCGAGUGAGGCAGUGAGUGUGGAUGUGGAGAGCCCUGCUGUUCGCAUCAUGGCCCGAGUAGUCAAAGCGGAACUGCCCCACAUGGACCCUGCUGCUCGGAUGCAUGUGGUGCGCUGUGCUGCCUUCACCAACUUACCCACCCACCGCCCAAGCCUCUCCCGAACCACUGUAGACAGCUUUGGCACCAUGGCAGCAGCGGAGGCUCGGGGUGCCGAGCCUGCACCGUGGCUCAUGCGCCGACUGUGCCGUGUGUGCUGCCUUCCCACCCUUGCCUUGCGCUGCCAGGAGGUGCGGGUGUUUAUGGCACAGCAGCUGGAGCCAUCAGUGCAUGUGGAUCCGGCAGCAGCAGGAGAGGUGAUGGAAGCAACUGAUGUGGCAGCUCUGGUGGCUCAAGGCACGCUGCAUCAACUCUUCACACCACAGCAGCUCCAGAAAAUGUUACUUAUGGAAAGGGAGGUGGUUCUCAGCUCCAUCAACCAAGGGUAG